AUGCCUCUACUCCGGUUUCUCAUUGUCUGUGGGCUGUUCUUGGAGACUUUAACCAGAUUCUGCAUAUUAGUCACCAUUCUAACCACUGCUCGGGUUGACACUUCGGGAAUAGAGGAUAUAAAUCUUGCGCUUCAGGAAGCUGAGUUGUUUGAAGCACAAGCGAAAGGUGUUCCCUUUACUUGGAGAAAUAAUCAGGAUGAUGACCCUAUCUCUACAAAUAUUGAUCACGCUUUCAUUAAUCAGCAGUGGUCUGAUUCUUUUCCUGAUGCGUAUGCGGACUUCUUGGACCCAAGUCAAUCUGAUCAUGCCCCCUGCUUAUUCCGCGUCCCAUCUCUCAGAAGACAAGUUUGUACGCCUUUUAAAUUCUUCCACCACGUCAUUGAUCAUCCUCAGUACGCUGACUUGGUUAGGGAAGGAUGGCAAUUUAAUCAGAUUGUGGGCACAAAUCAGUUCAAACUGGUUAGAUCCUUCAAGCUCCUCAAACCAAUGCUUCGUGGUCUGAAUAAACGCAACUAUAGUGGUAUCUCUCAGCGAGUUCGUGAGAAAUCAGCAGUGGUUGAUUCGCUGCAGCGUGCGUUGCUUACUUCUCCUGAUAUUGUUACAGCAAGGGGGGAGCAUUCUCAGAGGGCUGAAUUAAAUAUUCUACUUACAACAGAAGGAAAAUUCUACAGACAACGCUCUAGGGUGCAAUGGGCUGAUGUCGGGGAUAGGAAAACUGUGUUUUAUCACCGAACUGUAUCACAGCAUGCAACCAGAAACCACAUUCACUUCUUGAAAGAUCAGAAUGACCAGCUCAUCUUCACUGCAGAUGACAUAAAGUCCCAUUCUGCUUCGUACUUUCAGUCCAUCCUAGGCACCACUGAUCUCCCUGUCUCUAUGGCCCCUCUAUCAGAGUUACAAGAUCUUCUUCCAUUCCGCUGCACGGAUAUCCAGCAAGCAUACCUGUCUAGAAGUGUGCUCGAGGCUGAGAUAAAAGCAACAAUAUUUUCUAUGCCAUUGAAUAAGAGCUAUGGCCCUGACGGCUAUUCUAUGGAGUUCAUAAGAUCAUCUUGGGACAUUGUUGGUGGGGGAUGUCAUUGCAGCGGUAUCGGAAUUCUUCAGGAAUGGAAGAUUACUAAAUGGGAGUUAGCGGGGUUUUUCGAGGGAAGAAAAGGGUUAAGGCAGGGUGAUUGUAUCUCGCCUUACCUCUUUAUUAUGGUCAUGGAGGUGCUCUCUAUUUUGCUGAACAGGGCAGACCAGCAGGGUGAGUUCCGUCUUCAUCCCCUGUGCACUUCACCGCGUCUCACUCACUUGCUCUUUGCUGAUGAUCUCUUGGUAUUUUCUGAUGGCUCUCGGUUCUCAAUUAAUGGGAUUAAAUCAGUAAUGGCUUCUUUCAAGUUGUGGUCAGGCCUUGAUAUGAAUGAAGCCAAAUCUGAGAUAUUCUUUGGUGGUUAUACUGAUAUUCAUGCAUCGGUGCUUGCUGAUUUGUCGGGUUUUAAGUGGGGAUCAUUUCCCACUCGGUAUCUCGGUCUCCCUCUUGACCCAAAGAGGAUCGCUAUGGCUACGCUGCAGACGUUUCUGGAACGUAUCACUUCAAAGCUACACUCAUGGACUGUGAAGUGUCUCUCCUUUGCUGGAAAGGUACAUCUCAUAUACUUCUAUGGAAUGGUCAACUUCUGGAUUUCCGUCUUCGUUCUCCCUAAACGGUUCUAUGAAAAGGUAGACUCUCUUUGUUCAGCUUUUCUCUGGAAAAAUAGGACUUCUUCUGCCUCUGGAGCUCGCGUCUCGUGGUCUGAUAUCUGUAAACCGAAAAAAGAAGGUGGUUUAGGGUUGAGAAAGUUAGAAAAGUUUGAGUUAAUCUUCAGAUUGAAGCGGUUAUGGAACUUUUUCUCCAACUCCGGCUCCUUGUGGGUAGCCUGGCUGUCUCAUAAUCGCUUCGGUGAUAAAAACUUUUGGCUGGUUAGGGAUUCUCAGCGUUUUUCUGCGACGAUCAGAGGUAUGUUGCAGCUAAAAAACAUCCUUCCUCAGUUUCUGCGUUGUGCUGUUGGUGAUGGGCAAAGAGCCUCCUUUUGGUAUGAUUAUUGGACAGACUUGGGUCCACUAUAUCUGCUAUUCUCAUCAUGUCCUAGGCAGCUUCAAGUUCUUGACUCUGCCUCUGUCUCUGAUGCUGUCCGGAAUGUUGAAUGGUUCCUGCCUCCAGCAAGGUCUGAGAAUGCAGUCACCCUACAAAUUGUCUUAUCUUCUACUGCAGUUCCAUCGGUUGAAAAGGGAGGUGAUACCUAUCUGUGGCGGAUUCAAUCUGGUGGGUUUGCUAAUAAAUUUUCGUCUCAAAUAACUUGGGAUAGAUUGAGAACUUCAUCAGCUGAAAUAGUAUGGCAUGAUGUAAUUUGGUUCAAGGAAGAAGUUCUGCGUUGCUCUUUCGUUGUGUGGAUGUCUAUGCUUGGCAGGCUCCCUACUAAGGAUCGCCUGAUUUCUUGGGGUCUCUCUGUCCCUGCAAACUGUGUCUUAUGCGCUAAUGGCAUCGAGUCCCACAACCAUCUUUUCUUUGGCUGUCCUUACGCCGUUGCUAUCUGGACCCGUUACUGCGGAAGGUUUAUCUCUGUUCCUCCUUUGGACCUUCCAGCUGCGGUCAACAUGAUCUCGCAAUAUCAGGGACAGUUCUCAUCGCAGGUUAGACCCAUCAUGAAGUUGAUUCUCCAGGCUGUGAUCUAUAGCCUUUGGCGUGAGCGCAAUGCUCGGAUUUUCAGGGAUGUCUCCUUACCGGUGGGGCUUUUCUUCAAGCAAGUGGACCGGGGGCUUCGUGACAGGCUGCUCUCUCUUCCUCCUUCCCCGACUGAUGCUCAUUCUCUCUUAGAGUUGUAUUUUUGGUUCACUGAUCCUUAUAGUUAA